GUAGUGAGCUCUGUGAGCAAUAGGGGGAACCCCCAUGCCGACAGAGUAAGAAUCCUAGCGAUCUCUGUGUCCUAUGUUUGCCCGAACAAAUAAUUAAAAAAAUAUUUAACUACAAAAGGUUCUCCGUCGAUAUAGAGUAAAACUAUUGAAAAAAAGUAUAAAUUUUUACUAAUUUGUCGGCCAAAGUCAUGUUGGAUUUUUAAUUAUUUAUUAUGCAACUGCUAAACAGCAUAGUGCUCCCCUCGAUGCUUCUCACACCGCCAUAUAAAUGUAAAUAUCAUGACGUCAUGUAUCUAUUAAGCGCUCCAUUAAUUGUUACAAAUUGACAAUAAAUUCAUUUUACAAUACUGUACAUUUUAUUUGCCUCUCUAAUCUACAAACCCAAGGUCCAAGGGCACAUUAUAAAUAUGAUACAUAAUGUAGGCUGCACGCCAAUCUGUCUUUAAUUUGCAUCUCUCCAUGGCUACUCAUAAACAAAAAUAUAAAUCUAGAAUAUAUAAUGAAUGGAGUAGAAAAAUAUCGUAGUUCCUACUCACAGUAUUGAAAUCGUAUUAUUUUUUAAUGAUGGAAACUAAUCUCGUACAGUCAAUUAUUCAGAAUUGUGAAAAGAGAGGGGUAACUGUUUCCAAAGAUAUGGUCCUUUUUCUUAUAGAUUUGCACAAAUUCCACCCUGAGUAUACAAUAACGAAGCAGAGUAGUAGUGCAAAAAGUGCAAAUAAAAUUAUUAGAAUUGUAACAGAAAAAAUAGUGUCACAGAAUCGUCCGAGUUUAAUUACACUCAAGAUACAAUUGUACUUUAUGAAGCAUUCGGGAACGAGAGCUGGUAUAAUAAAAAAACACAGACAAAGACUUGAAAAAAAAUGUCAGUGGCUGAUUAACGAAAUAUGCGAUGUAAAAAAAAUUAUCAAUGAGUCAGAUACUAAAAAACUUUAUCAAAAAAUUAUUGUUAGUAUGACAUUAGCGAGUGGCCUCGGAAAAGCCAUGGAUACAACUGUACUUGGGGAAACAUUUGUUGCUCUUCAGAGUGUCUAUGGGCAGACGGAGCUCAAUAAUUUUGUUACUCUAUCAUUAGGUGAAAAAAAAUUUAAAUUGUCUCAACUCGUCAAGAUUGUUGCAGGAAUAAGAUUAUUUAAUAAAGAUUGUCACAGAGGUGGAGCAGGCAUUGAUGACUUGCCCCAAAUCUUACAAGACGCAGUUGAAAAAUCUCAUCAAUCGAUUCUGGAUUUUUUGCAAAAUAUCAUGAGAAAAGUUUAUCAGUUUACAGCUGGCAUUGAAACUAUGGUAUUUACAUUAUCAUCAUCACCGAAAUCACCAUCUUUUGAUAACAAUGAUCCAACAGAUCAUGCUCAUUGGGCAAUCGAAAUGUUGACAGCAUAUAGGCAACAAGAAAUAUUCAUUAGAAAACUCCUGACAAACGUUGAAUUCAGUGAAAAUCAAAUGAAAUUAUUUGUUGGACGCUUCAAGUCUCGUCUAUUGAAAAUUCACGCCACUGUUAGAUAUCGCACGGCCAUCCCAACAAUUCAGGUUUAUCCACAAUUUAUUGACUUGGCAGACAUCUGGUUUAGUCUACAAAAUGAAGUUAUAAUUCUCAGUCAUAUUAAUAAUCUAGCAAGUCAAAUAAAAACUCUAACCAUGAAAAAUUUUGAUACUCACGAUAAUAAUCAUCAAUUUGAAAUUGAUCGAUUCACGAGAAGCACAAACAUUCCAUCUGAUGCAGAGAGAUUGGAAAGGUCCAUGGGAAAAUUAAUAACGGAAUGCGGAGAGUGUUUUAUAUAUUAUCCAAAUAGUACGAAAAACUUUGAAAAAAUUCAACUCGAGUUUUUAGGAUUCUGCGCCUGGAGUUUCAUAGCAGGUUUUGGUGCAUUGAUACCAGGUAAUCCCAAUAUUGGUAUAGUUAUGUGGCGAGGCAAGCACUUUGCUUUCAGUUCGAAUGAUGCAGCAAAGAAAUUUGGCGAUGAUCCCAAUAGAUUUCUCCAUGAAGCCUUUGACUUUAUACGCCGACAUCCUGAAUAUAUUCAUCUUUUUCAAGUCCAAGAGGAUAUCGAAAAUAUGAACAAUGGCAAUGAAUUCCUUGAUACAGAGCACACGUUAGAAAAACAGCAGAAUCAAACUUGUCAGACAGAUGUUCACUUUGUUACUCCAAGGAUCGAGCCGAAAUAUCAGCACAGCAUUUGGGAAUAUAAAAAAAAAGCUUUGAAAUUGGCUAACGUUUUGGACUGUGUCACGAAAAGUACUCAAACAAGUAUUUGCCAUUUCAAGAGGUCACGAAAAGUUCAAGCAUCAGAAUUGAAAACCAUAUCUAUACAAACAGACAAACAUUAAGGCGAUGAAGCAGUUAUCAAAGAUGCAUGAAGAGAUCCCCAGAUGAUAGAUACCCAGUAGUAUUAUAUAUUUAUACAGACAUUCUCAUGUAUCAGCUCCAUAAUUGGAUAGAAGGCUGACAUAUUGUUUUCAGAUAAUUAAAUAAAUGGGACUUGAUAAUUAGACACUUUCGUUUUUUUCCUUCUGGUUUCCAUUUAUCAUCAAUUACAUUCUACAUUUGUAGAUUUCAAGUGAAGUUUAUUCGAAUCAGCCCUACGACAUUGGAAAAACAACCCUUUUCUAAAAUACAAGUUGAAUUUUUCCAUUGUAUGUUUUAUGCGAGUUACUUCAAUACAAUCACUUAAUAAUUUUCGUCGGGUAUACCUUAAAGAUUAGAUCAAUUGUUUUUUACACCAAAAAAUGACUACAGAACACGACAAUUAAUUAAUUACACAUUUGAAUACAAUCAAGUUUUUCCCAUUAAAAUCUUUCUUAAUGUUUGUUUCUCUCCCUAUUCAAAGAUAAUUUCUCAUCGUUUCUGAUUUUUUAAAUUUUAUUUCGUAUAAUUCAUUAUUAUACGGGAAAGGUACACAAUAUUCAAGGAUGUGUGUGGUAUGCUUGCCUUAAUUGGUUCAUUCCAGACUUUUCAACAACUCUUCAAUUCGCUGAACGUUGCUUUCAGUCAUUACCACGGUAAUUACGUAAUUAUUUUAGGAUCAUUUGCGUUCCGUGAAAUAAAAUAUACCAUAUUCGUGAAUAAUUAUGCCGGUGCAAUGCAUACGUACCGAAAAAUUAUUUAGAAAAAAAAAAACAAACAAAAAAACAACGAAAUGAGGGACAUAACCUCUAUGAAAUUAGAUGGAGUUUGUAAAAACCAUGGAAUGCCAAUAGGGGCUUCCGCAUUUGACAGUCGUAAACAAAUGUAAAAAAAACGCGUCAAAUUUGUCAAGAAAUAUGGAAAUAAUAGAAUACAAUAGACAGAAAAAAAAGUUCACUGAUUAAUCCUGGUGUAUUUUCUUUUCUUGCUCAUACUCUCUGUCUCGUACUAUUAUAAUUAUUAUAAUUAUUAUUAUUACUAUUUAUUUUACCAUUAGUUCUCAUACAAUGGAGCAAAAAAGGGUGGAAACAAUUCAAUGCCCAUUAAAGAAAAUAUUAACUUUGAAAGAGCAUGUAUUUCAUUUUUUAUGGAUAAAAUGAAAAAAUAAAAUAAUAUGUAAGAAUUGGGCUCAUUUUUUUGCACUUUUCUUCCUUUUCACUCGUCCUUUUUUCCGAUUGUUUUGCAUACUACAAUCUAAAAGUGUUGUUUGUAAAAAAAGAAAA